AUGGGACAGCCAAGGCUGCUUUAUGCCUUGGCACUUUACCUUGCCGUCACAACGGUGGUAGCCACCGAUUCUAAUUACAAAUAUACAUCAACCCCACCACCAUUUAAAUCACUAUCACCUCCAUACAUGUACAAGUCUCCACCACCACCAGUCCAUUCUCCACCACCUCCUUACAUAUAUAAGUCCCCUCCACCACCAAUCCAUUCACCACCACCACCCUACAUCUAUAAGUCCCCACCACCACCAGUCCACUCCUCACCUCCUCCAUAUGUCCACAAAUCUCCACCCCCACCAGUCCACUCCCCACCUCCACCAUAUGUCUACAAGUCUCCACCACCACCAGUCCAUUUAUCACCUCCUCCCUACAAAUACAAGUCUCCUCCACAAUUAGUCCAUUCCCCACCUCCUCCAUAUGUCCACAAAUCUCCACCCCCACCAGUCCACUCCCCACCUCCACCAUAUGUCUACAAGUCUCCACCACCACCAGUCCAUUCACCACCUCCUCCCUACAAAUACAAGUCCCCUCCACCACCAAUCCACUCCCCACCUCCACCAUAUGUCUACAGGUCUCCACCACCACCAGUCUAUUCACCACCUCCUCCCUACAAAUACAAUCCACUCAUCACCUCCUCCAUAUGUACACAAAUCUCCACCCCCACCAGUCCACUCCCCACCUCCACCAUAUGUUUACAAGUCUCCACCACCACCAGUCUAUUCACCACCUCCUCCUUACAAAUACAAGUCCCCUCCACCACCAGUUCACUCCCCACCUCCUCCAUAUGUCCACAAAUCUCGACCCCCACCAGUCCAUUCUCCACCCCUCCCUAUAAAUACAAGUCCCCACCACCACCAGCCCACUCCCCACCUCCUCCAUAUGUACACAAAUCUCCACCCCUACCAGUCCACUCCCCACCUCCACCCUAUGUCUACAAGUCUCCACCACCACCAGUCCCUUCACCACCUCCUCCCUACAAAUACAAGUCCCCACCACCUCCAGUCCACUCUCCUCCUCCUCCAUAUGUCUACAAGUCCCCACCACCACCAGUCCACUCCCCACCUCCACCAUAUGUUUACAAGUCUCCACCACCACCAGUCCACUCCCCACCUCCUCCAUAUAUCCACAAAUCUCCACCCCCACCAGUCCAUUCUCCACCCCCUCCCUAUAAAUACAAGUCCCCACCACCGCCAGUCCACUCCCCACCUCCUCCAUAUGUACACAAAUCUCCACCCCCACCAGUCCACUCCCCACCUCCUCCAUAUGUACACAAAUCUCCACCCCUACCAGUCCACUCCCCACCUCCACCCUAUGUCUACAAGUCUCCACCACCAUCAGUCCAUUCACCACCUCCUCCCUACAAAUACAAGUCCCCACCACCUCCAGUCCACUCUCCUCCUCCUCCAUAUGUCUACAAGUCCCCACCACCACCAGUCCACUCCCCACCUCCACCAUAUGUUUACAAGUCUCCACCACCACCAGUCCACUCCCCACCUCCUCCAUAUAUCCACAAAUCUCCACCCCCAUCAGUCCAUUCUCCACCCCCUCCCUAUAAAUAUAAGUCCCCACCACCGCCAGUCCACUCCCCACCUCCUCUAUAUGUACACAAAUCUCCACCCCCACCAGUCCACUCCCCACCUCCACCAUCUGUCUACAAGUCUCCACCACCACCAGUCCAUUCACCACCACCACCUUACAUCCAUAAGUCCCCACUACCACCAGUACACUCCCCACCUCCUCCAUAUGUCCACAAAUCUCCACCCCCACCAGUUCACUCCCUACCUCCACCAUAUGUUUAUAAGUCUCCACCACCACCAAUCCAUUCUCCACCUCCACCAUAUAUCUACAAGUCUCCACCACCACCAGUCCACUCCCCACCUCCUCCAUAUGUCCACAAAUCUCCACCCCCACCAGUCCAUUCACCACCCCCUCCUUACAUUUACAAGUCUCCACCUCCUCCAUAUGUCUACAAGUCCCCUCCACCACCAGUCCACUCCCCACCUCUACCAUAUAUCUACAAGUCUCCACCACCACCAAUUCAUUCACCAUCCCCUCCUUAUAUUCACAAGUCUCCACCACCACCAAUCCACUCCCCACCUCCUCCAUAUGUCCAUAAAUCUCCACCCCCACCAGUUCGCUCCCCACCUGCACCUUAUGUCUACAAGUCCCCUCCACCACCAUCACAUCCCAAACCUCAUCCUCAUCCUUAUCCUAAGCCUCAUCCCCCACAUCCGAAUACUCCACUCCCAAAACCCAAGCCUCAUCCUCCACAUCCAAAGACUCCACUCCCAAAACCUAAGUAUCUUUACAAGUCGCCACCACCUCCGAAGGCUUUCUAGGCUAAUGUUUUCUGUGUCAUCAUUAUUUAAAUCUGUUAGCUUAUAGUAUCUUGCAAAGGAGAAUAAGUAUUUAAAGAUGUAAACGUUUGUUCGCUUCUUUUACAUGGAAAAUCUACUGCUAUCAUCUUUCAUACUUACAAGCAAUAAAAUUAAUUAUAUAUUUAA